AUAUAUUUCCAUAUACCAUACAUACAUACACUAUCAUGUCUGCCUCCCCUAUCGAAACCAGGCUAUUCAUCAAUGGCGAGUUCCAAGCCAUUGAUGAGUCUCAAACUUUUGACCUACAUUCGCCUUCCACCGGCGAAUUCAUAGCCAAAGUUCCUGAAGCAACCGCUAAAGAUGUAGACGCCGCCGUCGCCGCAGCCAAGGCUGCCUUCCCAGCUUGGUCCGCCCUCUCCCCCAAAGAGCGCAGCGUCUACCUAUUCCGUCUCGGUGUCCUCUUCGCCGAGCACUCUGGUGAGCUUGCACGGCUCGAGGCAAAGUCGAUGGGACGUCCAGUCACCUCAUUUUUCGAUGCUGGCGCCGCUUCGGACUACUUUCGUUACUUUUCUGAGGCCGCCUAUCCUAUGGGUACCUCCAGCCUUAACACCCCCGGGUUCGUCAACAUGGGCGUGAAGCAGCCAUAUGGUGUCUGUGGGAUCAUCAUCCCAUGGAAUGCGCCGCUGAUAUUUUUCUCAAAGAAAGGAGCUGCAGCACUGGCAGCGGGUAAUACCGUGGUACUGAAGAGCAGUGAGAAGGCACCUUUAACCUGCGCGAAAGCUGCCGAGCUUGUGGCGAAAGCCGGCUUCCCGCCGGGAGUGUUCAACAUCCUCUCAGGACAUGGCGAAGCUGGAGCCGCGAUGUCGUCUCACAUGGACAUCCGCAUUAUCUCAUUCACAGGUAGCACGCGUACAGGGCGCGCUAUCCAGAAGGCUGCUGCGGAUUCGAACUUGAAAAACUGCAUUUUCGAGCUCGGUGGAAAAUCACCAGCGUUAGUUUUUGAGGAUGCAGAUAUCGAGCAAGCAAUCCAGGCGACUGUGCCGAGUAUUGGAUGGAACAGUGGGCAGACAUGUUUUGCGAACUCAAGAAUCUACGUCCACAAAUCAAUCGCCCAAACCUUCAUAGAAGGAUUUAAAACCAAAUUCAUGAGCGCCAAGCUCGGCGACCCAACACAACCAGGCACAACCCAAGGCCCCCAAGCCGACAAAGUCCAACACGAAACAGUCAAGCGCUAUCUGGCCCUGGCUGAAAAAUUCGGCACCAAAAUCACUGAAGACCUCCCUAACGUCUCCGGCCUCUACAUUUCCCCCACCAUCUUCACCGACACCCCCGAAGACGCACAGAUCAUGAAAGAAGAGAUCUUCGGACCUGUAGUGCACAUCAACACCUUCGAGGGCGAGGCAGAGGCUAUUGCCAAGGCGAAUGAUACAGAGUACGGACUCUAUGCAUCGGUGUUCACCAAGGACAUCGACCGCGCGAUGAGGGUUAGUAAGCAGCUGGAGGCGGGGACGGUGGGGGUGAACUGCUCCAGCCCGACGAAGGGGAAUGAUAUGCCGUUUGGAGGGUGGAAGGGGAGUGGGAUUGGGAGGGAGGGCUAUAUUGGGGGUGUGGAGAGCUUUAUGGAGGAUAAGGCUGUGCUGAUUAAGGUGGCGCCGCUGUAAGAACGGAGGGGAGUUGUUUUAAGAUGUUCCUCUGAGACAUCGGUCCAAACUCUUGUCGAUCUGGUUGUCAAUCGGACUCUAUCCCCAUCUCGAUGGGCCUUUCACACAGAGUCACCAAUAGACUUCAACGACAGUAUUUAUUAGGCAUAUACCUCACAGUUUUCGUAACUGCAACUAUUAUUCACAUAAACUCAG